ACUUGACCGUUGAGACUCGAGAGACCUUGAAAAGAGACACCAAAGCAAGAGAGAGAGAGAGAAAGAAGCAGAGAACAAUGGCAGCAAUAGGAAACGAGACCCAACCACUUGAAUCCUCACAAAACAACUCUGAUAAGCAAUAUCAUCUACAACCCCACAAUGACUGCAAAAUCCAAACCCCUAAAAUCUCAUUGUAUGAGCAGUCCAGAGAAGAACGGAUCAAAGAAAACCUUCAAAGGAUGCAGCAGCUUGGUCUCAAAGACCUCUCCAACUCCCUCCACAACUCCACUCCUCGCCUCUCUUCAAGGCGUGGCCGUCCUCGUGUUGGCGGUAAGCCGCUAGUUACACCUCUGUCUUCUCCCUUGCCGUCGUCUGACCAACUCCGCCGCUCCUCGAGGUUGCAAAAUACUACUCCAGUGAUCUAUUCAGAGGCGGUUUCGGCAAAAAAAGAAGAGCUUUUCGAGGAUGUGGAACUGAAGAUAGGGAAAUCAGAGGUGUAUACAGAAGCGCAUGAGAGGCUUUUGGGUAACACUGAGAGGAGCUGGACACUUUUUGUGGAUGGAUAUGGACGUGAUGGCAGACGGAUUUAUGAUUCCGUCAAAGGAAAGACUUGUCAUCAAUGCAGGCAGAAAACACUUGGUCAUCGUACUAACUGUAGCAAAUGCAAUAUGGUCCAAGGACAGUUCUGUGGAGAUUGUUUAUACAUGAGAUAUGGGGAGCAUGUGCUUGAAGCCAAUGAGAACCCAAAUUGGGUUUGCCCGGUCUGCCGUGGGAUUUGCAACUGUAGUUUAUGCCGGCAAGCAAAAGGAUGGGCCCCUACUGGCUCUCUUUAUAGGAAGAUAACAAAAAUGGGCUUCAAGUCAGUUGCACAUUAUCUCAUCCAAACCCGGUGUGUGCAAACCAAUGUUGAAAAGAACCCAGAUAAGACUGAUCAAGUUUCUGCUAAGAGGUCACUUUCCUUUCCAGCUCCGGAAUUGCCUUCAGAAGAAUCUCCUGCAGUUGAUAAUAAUCAGCUUGUAACAUCAAAGCCUCAAUCUGGAGAGGAUGGCUUGAGCAGUGAGAAAAAAGAACAAGAAGCAUACCCAGAACCAAAUACUUCGAUUAUCCAUCAAAAUCCUGCAAGCAAACCAUUGCUAUUCUCAAAGAAUGAAACAGAGUUUGAGAAAGGGGAGUCUACAAAGAUCAACCUUGAUUUCAGGAACAAGAGAGAUGAUGAAUUCAUAUGUCAACAUGAAAAGGAGUUGGAUUUCACUGACAAAGAACCUGAUGAUAGUCAUGUGACAACGGAAAGCAGACCAGAAAAGAAGCAUGCAUCUUCCAUUGAAUCAACCCCUGACAGUAUUGCUGGAAGACUAAAACAGGUGUGGGGAAGCAACCGGACCCAUGAUGAGACAGUUUUGGAUGGUGCUGGCAAAAAUGUAGAUGAAGGCUAUGCCGUGUCAGAGAGUAGUCCAAAUCCUAUAAAGAGGCCUGCAUCUGCUAUUGGAAAUAGCCUCGACAGUAAUGCUGCAAGACUGAAGCAAAGGCGUCAACUAGGCAAGGAUUGUGAUGAACAAGGGUUACUAGGCGCAAAUGAGAGUGUAUCAGAUGAGGCUGCAGAAAACAUAUCAUUACGGAAGGAGUACAAGGCCAACCUGAAGCAUAGUACUUCUGGAACUAAUAUGGACUGUAUUGCUAGAAGAUUGAGGCCUCGAAACAAAGCACUUUGAAGAAGCAGUUUCAUCAGCAAGUUACCUUUUGUCAAACGAGGAUAGAGUUUAUGAUGAUGCUUUUAUCGACACAGUGGAAGUAUCCAAAUAUUUUGUUUAGGGGUUGUAUCUAGUAGCAAACUAUCAGAAGAAACAGUUUCCCAUUCUUCCUAUUAGCUGCUUUCAAGCCACUGUUGGCUUGCUUUUGUGUGGGAAGCGUUUAGUAGAUUAAAAUAGGGGGUGCAACAUUUUGGAUACUUGCCGAGCCCCGUUUUCAAGAAACCUUUGAGGUUUACAUUUAUGGUAUAUUAAAAAUUUGUGGUUGAGUCAUAAA